UUUCUGUUUUCUGUUCCUUUUACUAGUGUUAUACUCCUGGGCCAUAUUGGCUUAAUUAUUUUUUAUUUUACGAUCAACUUGUCAAAUCUAUUACAAAUCCUUUUGAUUUAAAUUGCACUGAAUUUCAAGAGUAUUUGGGGGGAGAACUGACUACUGGAGAAAUGCCAAGAGUGGGCAGCCUUCUUCUGUAUGAGCCUUUUGACAGGGAAGGUACUAACACAGUCAUCGGUUUCUGGUGGACACCCAGAAAUGCAAAAGUCAUUUCCAACUCUUCACUUGCCAAGUUUAUUCGUUCGUUUGUUUAACCAGCAAUGACGGGUGUAUUAUCAAAUCUUUGAAGGCAUCUGUCAAGACCCCAGAGAAAAGAACCUCAAGAGCCUGUGACACGGCCUCCCUGAGCCCCAGGCGGAGAGGAAGACGAGAUUCCCUGGCAGUGAGGACCCCGACGCUACCCGGAGUAUAGACCCACUUGCCCAUCCAGAGCCGACCGGGAGAUGGCACGGACCUGGGGGCUGCUCCCCGUGGCCCUGCUGGCUCUGUGCUGCGGGCCCAGCAUGGCGGAGGCCCAAGAGACCGUCCCGCUGCAGACCCUGCGCUGCUACAACGACUACACCAGCCGCAUCGUCUGCAGGUGGGCGGACACCCAGGCUGCCCAGGGCCUCCUUAACGUGACCCUCCAGCGCCGGCUGAAUGACAGUGAUGCUCCGAAGCCAGUGUCGUGUGACCUCGGUGACAACCUGCCCUGGUCAGACUGCUCUCCCCCCCACUGCGUGCCCAGAAGAUGCAUCAUUCCCUACAAGCUCUUCGUCAUGGCCGACAGAGACCACUACUCAUUCCGGCCCGACAGGCCUCUGACGGCCCAGCACACCUUCCCUCUGGCCCAGCACGUCCAGCCCCCUGCGCCCACGGACCUGCAUGUCAGCAGCACCGGGGGCCAUUUCGUGCUGUCCUGGAGCGUGGCCCUCGGGGGUCCCCAGGGAAGCUUGCUGUCCCAGAAGGACCUGGAGUUUGAGGUGGUCUACAGGCGGCUUCAGGACUCCUGGGAGGAUGCUCCCACCCUGCUCGCCACCUCCUCCCAUGCUGUCCUGCGGCCCGAGCACCUGGUGCCCAGCAGCACCUACGUGGCCCGAGUGCGGACCCGGCUGGCCCCGGGCUCAGGGUUCUCCGGGAGGCCUAGCGCGUGGAGCCCGGAGGCCCGUUGGAGCUCCCAGCCAGGGGACGAGGCCCAGCCCCAGAACCUCCAGUGCGUCUUCAACGGGGCCGACCUGCUCAGCUGCUCCUGGGAAGUGAGGGCCGAGGUGACCAGCUCAGUCUCCUUCACCCUCUUCUACAAGCCCAGCCCCAACUCCAGGAUGGAAGAGUGCUCCCCGGUGCUGACGGAGAAGCUCAGUGGCCCCUACACCCGGCACCGAUGUCAGAUCCCCGUGGCCGACCCCAAGACCUAUGGAGAGUACACGGUCUUGGUUCAGCCAAAGGUGGAAGAGAAAUUCAUAAAGAGUUCAGAGAACAUCCAGAUGGCCCGUCCAACCCUCAACGUGACCACAGACAGUGGCAGCUACAGCCUGCGCUGGGAAGCAGAGGAACUGUUCUACAAACACAUAGGCUACACCUUCCACGUCCAGUACAGGAAAGACGCGGCCUCCUGGGAGGAGAGCAAUGCAGAGACCCUCCAUAACACCCGCAGCAUGCCCCUGCCACAUCUGGAGCCGUCCACCAGGUACUGGGCCCGGGUCAGGGUCCAGCCCACGCCUGGUGGCUACAAGGGCAUCUGGAGUGAGUGGAGUGAGGAGAGCGUCUGGGACACGGAGUGGGUGCUGCCCGUGUGGAUUCUGGCACUCAUCCUUGUCGCCAUCACUCUCAUCUUGCUCCUGGUCCUCCGCUUCUGUGGCAUCUACGGGUACAGGCUGAACCGGAAGUGGGAAGAGAAAAUCCCCAACCCCAGCAAGAGUCACCUGUUCCAGAACGGAGGUGUGGGGCUCUGGCUCCCAGGUAGCAUGACGGCCUUCAUCAGCAGGAGCCCUCCACACAAGGAGCAGUGGGGCAGCCACGUCCCUGAGCUUGAGGGGGUGUCCCCGGUAGUCUGCGGGGACAGUGAGGUGUCGCCUCUCACCACGGAGAACCCCAAGGAUGCCUGUGAUUCCCCAGCCGAGCCUGAAUUGGUUCCGACUGCCUCGGGCCUGCCCCCGGAGCAGCCCCCCAGCCCCCGGCCCAGCCUGGCAGCCCCCUCAGGCCGGCCAGAGAGCGAGGCCUCUGGCUUCGACUUCAAUGGCCCCUACCUGGGGCCACCCCACAGCCAUUCCCUGCCUGAAAUGCAGGGCCAGCUGGCACCCCCGCAGGUGGGCGUGAGCAGGGAGCCCCUAGGCUCCCUAGAGUACCUGUGUCUGCCUGCGGGAGGGCAGGUGCAGCUGGUCCCCCUGUCCCAGGCUCGGGAUGGGAGGUGGAGCCCCCACCCAGAGGCUGAGGGGAGCUCCCACCUGGAGGCAGGGGAAGGCCUGGCCCCUCCCUGCUCUGGGCCGAUGGUGGGCGCCCAGGGCCAACAGGACAGGCCGGCUGCUCUGCCCACUGGCAUGGGGGCCCCUGAAGACAGCGUCCUGGCCUCUGGCUAUGUCACCACUGCCGACCUGGCACUCACCCCACCCACAGGGGCCCCGUCUGUCUCCCUGGCUCCCCCUCUGGGCCUCUCCCCAGACCAGAACCACAGCCUCAGUCCUGGCCUGGCCAGUGGGCCCCCCAGAGCCUCAGUCCCCCUGCAGCCAGGCUUUGAGGACUAUGUGGGGCUCCCUGCAGCCAUGAGCCAGGCCCCCAAGCCCAGUCUGGGUGGUCCCCUGCCCCCUGCAGCCAGCAGCCCAGGCCUGAGCCCAGGGGGGCCCCGGGCACCUGAGGCCCUGUUGUCCCCGCAGUCUGAGGGCCUCCUGGUUCUGCAGCAAGUGGGUGACUAUUGUUUCCUCCCUGGCCUUGGGCCUGGCUCUCUCUCACCCCGGAGCAAGCCCUCCUCUCCUGGACCUUGUCCUGAGGUGGGGGGCCUGGACCAACCUAUCCAGGCCAAGAAGUCCCCGAGCCAGGCCGUGCCCCAGGUGCCGGCCAUUCAGCUCUUCAAGGCCAUGAAGCAGCAGGACUACCUGUCGCUGCCCCCGUGGGAUGUCAGCAGGGCUGGGGAGGUGUGCUGAGACCCUCCGGACCCAGGGGAGAGGCAGGAGGGGGUCUGCCUUCCCUCUGUCCUGCCUUUCUCUCCCAGCCAGCCCUUUGUGCUGUUACCAGUCAUCUCUGCAAAGCCAAGGAGAGGCUUCCAUGGUAAAUGGGUGGAAACCUGGAAAACGAGUCAGCUACACAACCACUCCCUCCCUCUGCCCUUCAGCAAAUCAGGAGUCUCUCCCUCACUCUCGCCCUCAUGCACACGUACACUUUCUUUCAAAUUAACUUAUUCUCAGAUCUGGUACCGUUAGAGCUUUCCGUAUGUGCUCAUACCAUUUCCCCUUCCUAUUCCUUGAUAUCCCGUGUCUUUGCUUUUGCUAUUUUGUUCCCUCUAUAUUUCAGUGAUUUUUAAAAAAUGAGAGUGAGUUGGGGUCCGAGCCGAGCCUGUUCUGAGAUUGAGACACGUGUGGCUGUGCCUGAGGACCGUGUCAGCCGCGGGUUCCCCAGGCACCGAACACAGGACAGGCCCGAGGCAGGCGGCCCGGGGGGUCUUGGGCCUGGAAAGGCGGUGUGGGGGGGACUGGGUGAGCCACCUCAGACACGGCAGCCCCAGACUCGGGGGCAAAGCACUAACCUCCCAGAAGCAGGCCUCAGGGCAGGGUGGGAGCUGCAAGGAGGGAACGCGAGAGGCUGUGUGUGUGCCCCUGAAGCCCCUGCUGCUUCUCCCUGAGGUGCCUGGGGCCUCUCCGGGGACUGCAGACCCUGCGACAGAGAGAAGUCACAGACCGGUGACGGCCGAUGUGUGGCUGCGGUGGCCCCUUUCCCACUGCAGGUUGGGGGUGCCUGGGGGGAAUGUGGGAGGAGGGGUAGGUUAGGGGACCUGCGCCUGCUGGAGGCAAGUUGGGAAGUGCUGCUCACAAAGGGAAAAAGGGAAGUGACCAAUGGACAUGUAUGUUUUAGGACUUUUAGUCCAAAUCACCCAGCUUCCCUCCCUUCCAAAAAUGUAGGAGGGGCGGCAGGUGGAUGCUGAGCCUGAUCGGGGGAUUGUCAUUCUUUGAAAUCUUUUCCUUUCCAGGAUGCAAAAAAAAAAAAAAAAAAAAAAAGAAAGAAAAGAAAAGAAAAAGAAAAAGAAAUCUGGCAUUAGAUUAUUAGAUUGUCUUAAUCUGCAUUAUUUGGUAACUGCCAAGUUUGCACACAUCUUCAUAGUUUCUCAGACAUUGAUAUUUUUUACUGCGCUAAGCCUGUUAAAACCUUUUUUCUGUUGAGUGUUCGUCUUUUUCUGAUUAAGUUUUUUUAAACUAUUUGUAAAUGGCCUUUCAUGAAUGGUGCAAUUUUUUUCUUUCUUGUUUGUAUUUUGCCUUUUACUUCGGUGCAUGCGGCUUUUUGGGGCACAUAAUUCUCACUUUUCUGUGCUGUCACCGGCUCCAUCGGGAAGCCCCUGUCCAGCUCCUCUUUUGGUCUCUAAUUGACAAAGGCCAUCCCCACUUCAAAUUGUAUGUGUUCUAGUUCUUUUGGCGUUUCAAGCUUUUCAUUAAAAUUUGUAAUUAUUUUGGAA